AUGACUGCUCUGCUAGCCAACCUCAGCGUGCUCCCCUGGGGCACCGAAACACUCCAGGGGGUCUUCGCAGAUGGAACCAUCAACCUGACAGUGCCCGCGAUGCCCGGCGGGUACAACCACCAGGAGGUGGGGCAGGAGAAGGGGAGCAGCGGGCAGCCACAGGCCCCGGCGCUCUGCACGCUGUGCUGCUGCGGUCUGCUGAACCGCACCCUAGCUGUGGUGUUCAUGGUCACCCUGGCCUUCGCCAUUGUGGUGGGGAACGUGGUCACUCUCACCGUCUUCAUGCAGACGCGGCAGUCGCGCACCCCACAGGGCUACCUCAAAGUGUCCCUGGCUAUUGCGGACAUGCUCGUCGGCGUCCUGGUGGUGCCGUUUUCCGUCUACACUGAGAUCUCGCUAAUGGUGACCAGCACUCCUCCUGCAUGGUACCAGGCCUCAGUGGCACCUAUGGACAUGGCGCAUCACAGCGAUGCCAGCAGCAUCAGCAGCAGCAGUGGGACUACUGGCGGUGGUGGUGGGGGUGGCGGGAGUAACGCGUCCUUACCCUGGCAGCCGUGCAUGCUGAUCGGACCCGUGUUCGCCGGCUGCACCUUCGUGUCCAUCAGCACCAUCUUCCUGAUGACGCUGGAGCGCAGCGUGGCCAUCCUACGGCCGCUGCACAAGGACGUGCUGGUGACGCGGCGGCGCGCGCUGCUGCUCAUCCUGCUCAGCUGGGCCGGCAGCUUCCUGCUGGCCGUGGCGCCGCUGGUGCUGAGCCGUAGCUUCACGCUGGAGUACAACCCCUGCAGCCGCAUGUGCAACUACGCGCCGCUCUGGGACCCGGUGCAGCAGCCGCGGCCUCCGCCCGACGCCCACGUCAUGCUCCUCUUCCCCGCCUUCGACUUCUCGCUGCUGGGCGGCACGCUGGCCGUCAACAUCGUGUCCUUCACCAGCAUCCGGAGGUACUCACGCAAGCGCAAGCUGCUGGCAGAGGGGAGCCUGGGUGGGGAGAGCUCCGGAGGAGGAGGAGGGGGUUGGUGCCAGCACCGGCCGUCUUUCUCCGACAUCAAGGCGGCCAAGACCAUCGGCAUCCUGACGUUCGCCUUCACGGCCUCCUUCUCGCCCAUCGCCGUGUUUGUGCUGGGCAACGUGGUGGGCUACACCUGGUGCAACUUCUCCUUCUUUGCUUUCUGGAUCCUGGCCGCCAACAGCUGCUGCAACGUGGUCAUCUACAGCGUCAGGGACCAGCGUUUUCGGAAGGGCGUCACGUUGCUUUUCCACAGGGAACGCUCCAUCCCCACGGGGGAGAAGACUUGA